AAUGACACGUAAAACAACACCUACCAUUCUUAAGCAAGAGCAACAGACUGACCGGUGUGAUGGUGCUGACCUUUGACUGCCUAAUCCUCUCACCUUCCUGUUCCAUGGCUUCUUCUCUCCAGAAAUAUGCCAAGAAUGGCAGAAGCAGGACAAAGUUCUGUUUCCUCUUUUGCUGCUGCUGCAUCAUCAUCAUCUUCUUCCUCUCAUGUUCGCGAAGAAGAAGAGAGUAUCCAUGGUGAUAAUCAACAUCAGUUUAGAGAAGCAGAUACUGAUCAUACACACAUUGGUUUCUUUCGUGGAAAUUUAUUUGUUUCCGAUGAUGUAUCAGCUAUUAGAGAUGAUACUUGGUCUUGUAUCAUUGUUGUCCUCACCUUUUGGUUCUUUGUAUCAAUGACUCUGAUUUUGGGAGUCUAUGGUCCUGUAAGUGUAAUGAUAGGACCUAAUACUUCAGCACUUAUUAGAACCAAUCCCUUCUUUGUGCAGUCUAUAAAGGUGCAAGAGUUGGAUAGCAAUCAUCCUGGCCUUAUGUUAUAUGGAUUCUACAAAACUCCCCCACUUAAUGUUGUCAAGUCCUGGUCCAAGUCUUAUAGUCUCACUGUUCCAGCUGAUUCUCACAAGGAGUGGAUAUAUUAUUUCAACGAGGGAUCUCAAAUAAAUAUUUCAUUUAGUGUGUACUCCCCAAGCGCGUCACUUUUUCUUGUAAUUGCUCAAGGGAGUGAAGGCCUUUCUCAAUGGCUCGAGGACCCAACAUAUCCGAACUCCACUUCAUCAUGGAAUGUCAUUCAGGGAAGUGGUAUUAUCCAGCAAAAGAUUCGGAAAUCUUCAAGUUACUAUGUUGCAGUGGGUAACUUGAAUUCAGUGGAAGUAGAGGUGCAGUUAAAUCUCAGUAUAAAUGCUUUCCUAUACAAUACAACUGAAGCUUAUUACAAGUGUACAUUCACCAAUGGCAUGUGCAGAUUGAGGACUUUGUUUCCUAAUGGCAAUGCUGUUAUUUUAAGUUCUCCUGGUCCAGAAGAGGAAUCACCCAGUAGUGAGUGGUACAUCAAAAUGUCCUAUGGGCCAAGAUGGGCAACAUAUGUUGUUGGCAUAGCUGUGAUGACCGUGCUUAUGUUGGUCAUUUUCAACUUCUUGAACAAGUUCCGAUGUAUGCGUGAAGAAGGAACUGGAGUGCAGUAUGGGGAGGUAGAGCCUGAGAGAGCUCCUCUGCUUUCAUCCAAAGAUGAUGAUCUCUCGAGUUGGGGCUCUUCUUAUGAUUCUGUCUCAAACGAUGAGGAGGAUCUUGAACAUCUCUUGGCAUCAGGUUCCUUAGAAGGCAAGUUAUCAGGAGAUGGUGAAAAUGUCAAUAAUACCCAACGUCUCUGCGCAAUAUGCUUUGAUGCUCCAAGGGACUGUUUCUUUCUCCCAUGCGGACAUUGUAUUGCUUGUUUUGAGUGUGGAACAAGGAUAGUAGAGGCUGGCGGUACUUGCCCUGUAUGCCAUAAAAAUAUGAAGAAGGUGAGGAAGAUUUUUACAGUUUAACGGAGCGUGACAUUAUUUGCAGCACUUGCAUAGCCUGGCUGAGUAGCUCGGAAUAGACCCCUUACUUUCAUGCUAAUCAAUAUUUGAUGAAGUUGCAAUGCCCAAGUAAAUUAUAGAUGGGACAUGAGAUUCGUCUUUUCAAGAGAAAAUAUAUUGCCUUCAGUUUCUUCCCUUUUGGCCUUCCAUCAUGUAACAAUAUUUUUUGGUAUAAAAUGUCAGAAUACACAAACUUAAAAAGUUGACAUAUAAUAAUCCUCUGUUUAAAUUUUUGUUCUUUGA